UGUAAGGCUCCAUCUACAUUCUCAAGGUAUCUCUGUACCCAGUGGUUUCCAUCUUAGAGGGCUCUAUAGCCUCAUAAUAAUAGACAGUAGCUCUUGUAAAAUUUUGCAACUGACAUUUCUCAAUUUUCGAUUCCUUCUUACACAAGUUAAUUGCUCCAGAUUUUCUUUGAGAAGCCUUUAGAAAGUGCUUCUGAAAUUAUAUGGUACAUCUUUUUAAGCAAAAAAUCAUUCUGCUUAAAUAUUAUAAUUUGUUAUUAAAAUUCACAAUCUGUAAGAGCUGAAACUCUUUCUUCAAAUUUUGAAGUAGACCAAAUCUAAUGAAAUUUAUCAAGCUUAGCUAUUAUUUUCACUCAAUUUGUUCAUUUUUAUCGUCAAAAACUUGGAUGCUCUGUGAGACUCUCCAUUAGCUUAUAUAUUUGGCUGCAACUUAAACUUUAUCGUGAUUUUGCAAUAAUCUAAUGAGCCACAAAAGCCCAAAAUACAUCUUUCAUUGGUUUAAAACUUUUCCUGACUUGUCUCCUGAUUCUUAGGUACGUGCCAAGUAUAGGAUUUGUGACAAAGCUGAUCAAGGCUAAAAUUACAACUUCAGAAUAAAGAUCAGGAAGAACAAUAUUCAUUUU